ACAUUCUAUCCUAACCAUUGACAGUCAAUGAUCCUAAAAACACACUUCUUCGCAAACGUCUAUUUCAUGUUUCUACAGGUUCAAGAGGGAAUUUCCAUGGUCGGCGGUGCUACAUCACGCAUUUGCAUCACAACUUGGCUACAGUCUCAAGAUUGACAGCACGUCGUCUUUGACAUUAUUUAGGCUACAGUAGGCUACACACACUUCUCGCUCUUCCUUCACUCUCUCCAUGUGCGUUACCAAGGAAACAUCAACAAUAUGGCUGCCAGGGAGCGAAACAAGUCGGCAGACGGCAAGAAAAAAGAAGUGGAGGAAGAAGUGGAAUAUGAGAGACAGAUUACCCCAGUGCUUCAAUCGACACUUCUAACACUGGAAAAGAUCAGCUUUCUUCGAGAGUUGACUGUUGAAGAAGUACAAGAACAUUUUGAGGACAUCCUGCAGUUAACGAACCAAUCGACAUGUCUGAAGGAGGGUGCCGUUUUGGACUACUACGUCUCUACUUUCUGGUGGACCAAAGAAAUGAAAUUUUCAAAUGAGCAGACAUCCUUUAUCAUGGCGCUGUUGCAGUCAUCCAUCGACAAUAUCAGCGAACAACAGAUGUCAUUUGUGGAUAACUUCACAGAAUUUGGGAAAGCCUUGAUUGGCCUGCGAAGGACCACCUCUCCAGAUGGGUAUCCACCUUUGCUUGCCACGGAGCAAGCCAAGGCCAUCACAGAUUACUUUGCCUGCAGCCUGUUCCAGCAUUACAGCAUGUACGAGUUCCUGUUCAGCCAAUCACGAGACAAGAAGCUCCUGGGACUGGAGAGGAGUGUGGAAGUGAUUGACGCGGCGGAGUUCUUUGCCCCUCUGGAUGAAGGCAUGCCCAUGGACGUCCACCAACGCUACUUGGCACCCCGCCAAAUGGAGUCGCCCCAAAAGGCAAGGCCAGAGGAGGAGGAGGCGGGUGGAGUGGAGGAGACUGGGGGACACGGGGACAAUGAGGAGAAGGACAAGGAGGAGCAGGAGGAGUACACCAUGCAGGAGGUGCAGGAGGCACUGGGGGAGUUGGCCAAGGAAAUGAUGGGGACUUUGCAGGCUGAGUUCACAGAGAAACUUCGCCUCCAAGAGGAGACCUACUCGGCCAGGAUAGACCGUCUGAAGAGCAGCUCAUCGAAAUGACCUUUUAUUUGAUUUUUCUCCCCUGCUGUGGGUCAUGGCAUGCACCCUGCACUCCUGUCUGAAGGUGGAAGCAUUCCUCGGAAGGUGCCUCUGCCCCACUGGCGAAAUCCAGAAACUCAAACUUUCUAUAAAUCCAUAAAUCUGUACCAGAUUUUAUAAU